AUGACUGACGCUGCACGCAUAGAAAUCCUGGAACGGCGCUUCGACGAGCAUGUCGUACAAGGGGACGAGUCGGCGAACAAUGGCGCCCACACGAGUAGCGAGAGCCACGACUUCCACUCAAGGCCAGCCAAAAGACGCAGGCUUGACCAACCGACCGAGCAGUUCCACGACAGAACGGGUUUCGAUGACCUCCCACCUCAUAAUGUCAUGUUAGCAGUGAUGACCAAGUACUUUGGUACGUGCCAUCACUGGAUACCGACAGUGCACGAGCGCCGCUUUCGAGCCCGCCUGAAGGACAACGAUGCUCGAAGCUUAACAGUCGUUCUACACGCCAUGGUCGCAACAAGCAUGAAGCACAUCGAUCAUGAUGCGUUAUCGCUGAGCAAUGAGGAGGUUCGGCGUUAUGUGCUGCGGUCCACCUCAGUGGUUGCUUCGACUGCAUUGGAGAGUCUUUCGAUUGAGAAUUGUCAAGCGCUGAUUCUGCUGGCGUUUGAAUACGUGGGCUCCGGCCAAUGGCAGAAAGCGUUUCCACUCAUCGCAUCGCUAGUUCGUGCAGUCGACUAUCUUGGCUUGACCCACGAGCGGCGUCCAAAGCCGUUGCUGCCUCCCCUCGUACUCCUGCAGGAGGCGACAAGCCACGCAGAGAUGGAGGAGCGAAAACGAGUCUUCUGGAACACCUUCAUCCUUGACCGCUUCCUCUCCGUCUCGUGCGGCUUCUCGACCGGUUUCUCAACAGACAACGUCUCGAGACAGCUGCCAUGCAACGGUGGGAUUUGGAGGAGAGGCGAGGAGAGUCGUACGCCGUAUUUUGGUCUCUGGGAGAAGUCGCAGGCGAGGAUCGGUCAGCCCAUCACCACGCUGCCGGCUUUCAAGGCGUCUCCGAACGAGCCAAUGGUCCCGGGGCAGAGUCCCGAUGCUGGAAGCCCGGAUAUCUCCCAGAUUGGCGCUCUCGCAUAUCGGAUUGAAGCUACAGAAGGCCUCAGCCAAGUCUUCUCGUUCUUCUUACAGCAGAGUGUCGACUUUGGCGACAGGCAGCAGGUGGAAGACUGGCUCACACGGUUCAAGGAGCUCGAUUUGAGGCUGGUGCAAUGGAAGAGGUUCCUUCCCGAUCGAUGGAAGCAGUCCAAUGUCUCGAAGGAUGCGAUUGUUCGCAUGGAUCCGGCGCUCACCCUCGCGCAUGUCAUCCAUAAUACCAGCCUGAUACUACUGCAUCAGCCCAUCGCAUACCCCCCGCCUGGCUUGAAGACGAUCAAAUUGCCCAAUUUCUGUAGCGCAGACACCUGCGAGCAAGCCGCAACAGAGACCUCUGCAAUAACAUCCAAAUACCUUCGCUUCACAGAAGAGAUGAUGGUGAAUGCGGAGUUCGUCUACUGCUCUUGCAUUGCUGCAAAAGUGUUCCUGACCCACGCCUAUUACUACAACAACCCUCUAUCGCCCGAAUUCUUCACCCUCGUGCUCAACUUAGAAGAGAUGUCCCGACGCUGGAGAGGGCACGAUGCCCGACAAGAACCACAAUCAGGCAAUGCCGGCCUCCUCGAUGAACAAGUAGACCUAGCGGGACGAUACGCCUCACAACUCCGUGCAUACCACGCAAAAUGCCAGGACGAGCCCGAGUUCGCCAACACCAUCAUGUCGUACUCCGGCGCCGACGUCCUCCUCAACACACCACCACCCUCAGCAGAUUACCCCACCGCCCGCAGCGUACCCAACAGCACCCCCGCCUCCCAACCCGGGCCAGGCGGCUCCCGCGUCACGCGCUCCGAGCGUGAAGAAGUCGUCACCCCCCUCCACUUCCCUCGCAACCGCUCCGAGACCGCAAACUCCAGCCCUCUCAUCGCCCGCCCAUCUUCUACCCAGGGUCAAAUGAGCAGUGCGGAGUACGCUGCCUUGAACUUCCGGCCGACGACUUACGAUACACCGGGGACGCAGAACAACGGGUUUGGAGUGAUGGGCGAUAUGCUGGCUUUUGGGCAGGACUUUGCAGAUCUCGACAGGGUGAUCACUUCCAAUGGCGCCGACUUCUCGUUCUAUCCUAUGAAUGAGUUUGGGUAUGGGUUUAACAACCCUUGA